GGCUUGUUUUAAUUGCAAUUCUUUUGAUCACACCUCUCGUGAAUGCCACCAUCCUAUAAAUAAUGGACGUAUUGCAAAAAAUCGAAAAAGUUUUAUGCAAAAAAGAGAAUCUGGUAGAUUCCACGAACAUACCCAAACAGAUGCUCUAACAGCUGGUAAAAUAAGUAGACGAUUGAGAGAAGCGUUGGGGAUUAGCGAGAGGGAUUUGCCUGAGUGGAUUUAUAGAAUGAGAGGACUUGGAUUUGUUCAUGGAUAUCCUCCUGCUUACAGAAAAUGUUUUUAAAAUGCAUUUUGGUGAAAAUGCUGAUAGAAAGCGAAAACAUGAUGAAAUUAAAGAAGAUGUAAAUUUGAGAAUUGAUCCAGAAAAGAUUAUUAAAUAUGCGGGGUUUAAUUAUGAUGAUGGCCAUUUUAGAGAUA